AUGCGGAACCCUGAAGCCUUGGCGGCCCAUGAAGGGUACGGGGAUGAUGUUCUCUCAAUUAGGGAGCCUCUAGACACCGGCUGUUCAGCCCCUCUGGGAAAAGCUAGGCAGGGACUCGUCACUUGCCUCAUUCUACUGUGCAAUUUGAUCCAGUUUACCUCAAUGUUCUCCACCGUAGCUGGAGGCUAUGAAUUCAGUGCUCGACUCGGGCGGAAAGUCGGAGCUUCACAAGCGAACUGGAUGCCUGCCGCAUAUGGACUUACUCAAAGUGCAUUUGUUCUGAUUAGCGGUCGGUUGGGAGCGAUCUAUGGCCACCAAAGACUUCUUUUGCUGGGAGGAGCGAUUUUCGUCAUCUUCUCGAUUUGCAACGCAUUCUGCACCACGUAUGCUUCGUUCAUCGCCAUGCGUGCGCUGACCGGGAUCGGAGGGGGCAUUCUCAUGCCCAACGCCGUGGCGGUGCUUACCAUCAUGAUCCCACCGGGCAGAGCCCGGAACUACACCCUGGCCCUCUUUGCAGCGUCACCGCCCAUAGGCGCUUUGAUCGGGGCACUGAUCACUGGAGCCAUCCUGGAGUCUACCGAUUGGAAAUGGAUUUUCGUAAUUAUUGCGUGUCUGGGCGUUGCAGCGUUUGGGGGUCUUUUCUUUGCCGCCCCGCGCGAGGAGCGAUUGGCAAAAGAUGGCAAAGUGGACUACGUGGGCGCCGUGCUUGGCCUGGGUGGGCUCAUUCUGUUCAAUGUUGCGUGGAAUCAAGCCCCGUCCACUGGGUGGGAAUCACCGAGCACUAUUGUGAUCUUAGUGUCCUCGGUGGUUACGAUCGUCUUCUUCUUCGUCUGGGAGGCCUGGUAUGCCGUGGAGCCGAUCAUGCCGGUGGCCGUCUUCCAGGCCCCCAGUUUCAAGGCGUUGAUCCUGGUCGUUUUGUUCAUUUACAUGUCCGUUGGAAUCUCACUUUGGUACAUGGUGGCGUGGGAACAGCUGAUCCGCGAUUGGACGGUUCUUCAUGUCGCAGUGGGGUGGAUUCCCUACGGCCUCGGCGCGUCAAUUGCGGUGACGGGUGCGGCCUGGCUGAUCCCACACCUGGAGGCGCAGUAUAUUCUCGCUAUGGGGUGCCUCGCCUCCUUGGCGUCUACAAUGCUUCUAGCGACCAUGCCGGAGCAGCAGCUGUACUGGGCCCAGGUUUUCCCCUCGACCGUGCUCGGCAGUUUCUGCCCCGAUUUUGUUUACGUCGCCGCUCAGAUCAUUGCUAGCAAUAGCGUCCAGAAACACGAGCAGGGGGUUGCGGGUAGCUUGAUCGGCACGUUGAAUUUGUACGGCAACAGCCUGGGACUCGGGUUUGCGGGUAUUAUUGAGGUGCAGGUCGCGAAGCACCAAGACUCUGAAGUCGCGGGCUAUAGGGCUGCCCUCUGGUUUGGUGCCGCUCUCUCGAUCUCGGCUUUGGUCUUGGAUCUGACAUUCGUGAGACUACGCCAUGUUGACCGUGAGGAUUGGGACUCAGAGCAGACGCCCACUACUGGCCCCAUACCCGACAUUUGA